CAUCAUCGUCCCCAAAAUAAAACCCUUCUCUCUCUCUCUACACACACUCUCAGAGUUUCUCUCUCUAGAAUUUGUGUGGAUUCUUUCAUGACUACGAAGUGAAGGUUGAAAAUGUCGGCGAUAGAGAAGCUCUGGGUGCAGAUUUUCGAGAGGAAGUCGUGGAUAAUCGACCAGGCCAAGCAACAGACGCUUCAAUAUGACAAGCACCUCGCGUCCAAACUCCUUAUCGAGGGAAUAGCCCCUCCACCUUGGAUUUGGACUUCGGAUUCCACUGAGUUGAAUGGUGAAGAUCUCAUUUCUGGGGUCCUUCUAUCACGUCCACGGCCUUUAAUCCCAUUUGCAUUUAGUCAUUGCUCAGUGUAUGAGAAACCAAUUGCUGAAGCUACAAAUGGGGAACUACCAAAUGGUUCGUGCUCGAAAGCAUCUGUCGAAAAUAGAGAAUUGGAUGGUUUGGAUCAUGCUAGACGUGCUUCAGUUUGUGUGGAAAAUAGAGAUUGUGGUGAUUUUGAUCAUGCUGAAUGUGCUUCGGUUGGUGUUUCUACGUUGGAUCACUGUAAUACAUUCGUUGAUGAUCAGAGAAAAGAGUCUGAGGAUGCUAGUAUUACGUCUCCUCAAGAACAGAGAGAGACAGGAUUCUUAGACGUUAGCCAUGACACAGCUCGUUCAUUGGCUAAGAUUCAAAGAUCCAAAUCAAGGCAGAAGGCUCUUGAGCUUCGCACUAGUACAAAAGCAGCAAAAUCCCGAUUAAAGAAUGUCAUUAAUUCCGGUGAAAACAUUCCCAUUCCUUCCUUUCAUGAUGAUCAGCCUGACCAAAUAAACUUAGUAAAACCUGUAGUAGAUACCAGUAACAACAUUUGCACGGUGGAAAUUGUUAAAGUGGGUGAUCCUUGUAGCAAGGGGAAAGAAAGCUUUGGCUGGAAGCGGAGUUCUUUGACUAAGGGUAGGUCAUCUAAUGUUGUCGGGGAAGAUGGAAUUGCAGUUGCAGAUUCUAUUGGCCCCUUUAUUCAGCAGUCUAACAUUGAGAACCAACCUCCGGAAUCUGUUAACAAUUUUCAAAUUGCAUACGAAAAUCACAUGGCUGCUGAAGCUAAAGUUGGUGAAAACAUGAGUAAAGAAAAGGGAAGUGGCCCUUUUAAGAUUGUCAGGGAAAAUAGAGCUGCACUUACAGAUUCUACUGGCCCAUCAAUACAGCAGUCUGAUCGACCUCUGGAGUCUACUAAUCAUUUUAAAAGUGGUUACGAAAAUUGCAUGGCUGCAGAAGCUAAUGUUGGAGAAAACAGGAGCCAGGAGAAAGGAGGCGGCAUUGACAGGAGGAGGAUAACAAGAUCUAAAAGUUCUGCCCAACAAACAAACCAUGUCAACGAAUUGUUCAAGAUGGAUGGCACAAGAGAAAAUCACAUGGCAACAGAAGCUAAAGUUGGUGAAAACAUGAACAAGGAGAAGGGUAGUGAUUCAUCUAAUGUUGUCAGGGAAGAUAGAGCUGCAUUUACAGAUUCUAUUGGCCCCUCAUUACAGCAGCCCGAUCGACCUUCAGAGUAUGUUAAUCAUUUUCAAAGUCGUUACAAUAGUUGCAUAGCUGCAGAAGCUAAGGUUGAAGAAAAGAGGGUACAGGAGAAAGGAGGCAACAUUGAGGGGAGAAGAAUAACCAGGUCUAGAAGCUCUGCUCAACAAACUAACCUUGUCAAUGAAUUGUUUAAGAUGGAUGGCACAAGCAAAAAUCACAUGGCAAAAGAAGUUAAAGUUGAUGAAAACAGGAACAAAGAGAAGGGAAGUGAUUCUUGUAAUCUUGUCAGGGAAGAUGGAGCUGCACCUACAGAUUCUAUUGGCCCCUCAUUACAGCAGUUUGAUCGAUCUCCAGAGUCUGCUAAUCAUUUUCAAAGUUAUUACGAUAGUUGCAUAGCUGCAGAAGCUAAUGUUGAAGAACAAAGGGACCAGGAGAAAGAAGGCAGCAUUGAGGGGAGAAGAAUAACCAGGUCUAGAAGUUUUGCUCAAAAAACCAGCCGUGUCAACGAAUUGUUCAAGAUGGAUGGCACAAGUGAAAAUCACAUGGCAACAGAAGUAAAAGUUGAUGAAAACAUGAACAGAGAGAAGGGAAGUGAUUCUUCUAAUGCUUUCGGGGAAGCUGCACCUACAGAUUCUAUUGGCUCCUUGUUACAACAGUCUGAUCAACCUUCGGAGUCUGCUAAUCGUUUUCAAAGCUGCUUCAGUAGUUGCAUAGCUGCAGAAGCUAAUGUUGAAGAAAAGAGGGGCCAGGAGAAAGGAGGCAGCAUUGAGGGGAAAAGAAUAACCCGGUCUAGAAGUUCUGCUCAACAAACUAACUGUGUCAACGAAUUGUUCAAGAUGGAUGGCACUGGAGAAAAUCACAUGGCAACAGAAGUUAAAGUUGAUAAUAACAUGAACAAAGAGAAGGGAAGUGAUUCUUCUAAUGUUGUCAGGGAAGAUAGAGCUUCACAUACAGGUUCUAUUGGCCCCUCAAUACAGCAGUCUAAUCCACCUUCGGAGUCUGCUAAAUAUUUUCAAAGUCGUUACAAAAAUCGCAUAGCAGCAGAAGCUAAUGUUGAAGAAAACAGGAGCCAGGAGAAAGGAGGCAGCAUUGAGUGGAGGAGAAUGACCAGGUCUAGAAGUUCUGUUAAACAAGCUAACCGUGUCAACGAAUUGUUCAAGAUGGAUGGCACAAGCGACAGUGAGCAGAAAAUUGGCUCAGGCAGUCUAACACGACAAGAAUCUGCUAAUCACAGCCAAACGGUGAAAUCUGCUUAUAUUACCAACGAAAGCUGUGGCCUGAAAGCAAAAGUGGGCGGGUCUCGGAGUAGUUUUAGAAGGGUAACACGUUCUAGAAGCUCUUCUCAGCCAAACAACACCGUCUAUGAUUUGUCACAGCCGGUGAAGUUUUCAACUACGGGGACCUUUGAAGAGGAAUAUCUCUCUAGAAGUACUGGGUCACAGGGUACUUGUACCAUUGAAAAGAUAUCGGAGCCUGCAAACUUUAAUGUCAGUGGUCACAUAACUACGGACUCGGUACUUUCUACUUCAAACAGUUCUCAAAAAGACAAAGACAGUCAAAUAUCAGCUGAAAUUUUCUCGCCAAUUCGUGAGGAUCAAGAGCUGCAUGCAGCAAAUUCAACAGAGUGUUCGGACGAGGAAAAUAUUAUAGAUGAGUGUGUUGGUAAAAAUACAAUAACUUCUCUAAAUAAAGGAACAUCAGAACUUGUCAACUCCCAAAAUUUGGAUCUUCAAGUUACUCGCUCCAAGUCUGCCAGUUCAAACGAACAUUUGGAAACUAAAUCUUUAAACAGCUCAGAAAGCCUAGGCCACAACAAGGUGUCAUGUAAUGACUUGAAAGACUCACCCUCUUCCAACACCAGCAAGCCUGCUAAUUCGGAGGGAUGUGCGGCAACUGUUACGGAAACUGCAAUUCAUCUUGAUGAGCAAGUGGAAUCCCAUCGGGUCGGUUCUGGGUCAAACUUGAAUGGUGCAAGGGCCGUUGGAGUGGAAGUUUGUGCUCAACAUCUUGCUGAUAGUACUAAGCAUGUGGAGCCCAAGCAACUAAAUUUUGACGAUGUGGAAACCUCUGGUUUCAAUGGAGUUUCUGCCCUUUCUGUUGAAAAGGAUACGGAGGGGAGAUUGUUAGAACGAAGCCCUCAAGGCUUAUCGGAAUUUGCAGCUGUAUUAGAUACAGGAAUAUUCUUGGAGGAAAGGGAAGUCUUAAGUAAAGAAAGGAAGCUCAGGAAAGGUUCUUCUGAAGCCUGUGUGGAGGAUGCAGAUACAGACAUUAUAGCGUUGAAUGGACAUGCUGCGUCAGCAGUGAAGGAAACACCUCAAGCAGAGAAGGGUGUAGCUACUCAUAGUUUGCAGCAUUGUGACAAAAGUUCCAAAGAGAAAUCUUCUUUGAUAGAUCCUUUAGUUACCUUACAAGUAGCCCGGGAAAGUGAGACAGAGACCACAACGCCUGUGACAGUAAUACCUGCUGAAGUAGUUUCUGCAGAUAGACCGGAGACUACCUCUUCUGUUGAUCUUAAACUAUCGAUAGAUGCUGAUUUCACUCGAGUAACCACACCUGUUCCCUUUGAAAUUCAGGAAGCGUGUACAGAUCCCUGUUCUGUUUCCAAGGAUGGAAAUUUGGGUAAUCUAGCACAGUCAACAGAGAAUUCAGAACACUCUCAGUUUCGUACUGCAGAUUCCUUGAAGGGAUUUACUCAUGAUGCCACUGAUGUAACUGUAAGUUUCUCACAAUCAACUAAACGGCAGACUGCAGCAAAAUCUGUGGAAAAAACCAGUUUUAGUGCCUUGCUUGAGGGUUCAACUCGGAAUAAGCGAAAAAGGAGUGGUUCUCUGGAUGCUCUGCCUACUUCACCAGUUGCAAAAGAAAAUGCAGUUUUUCCUGUCGUCAAGGAUACUAAAGUUAGAAACUUGUCAAGUGAAGAGCAUGGUUUCAAAGAUGUCCUAGAAUCCCCAGACCUUCAAAUUCCUCAAGACGAUAUUCAAUUAGAUAUCAGUAAGAGUCAAGUUGAAGGGAUGCCUCAAAGUGAGGAGGAUGACAUGCAAGAAAGGUCUAAAUCUUCACUAAGGCUUCUCGUUCAAGAGGAUGGUUGUAGCUUGAAAGAUGGGGAUUUAAGUGCAACGAACCUGGUUACCUCUGCUGAUGAAGAAUUGGAAUCAUUCCAUAUUUCAAGUGUGGUCAGAAAGUCUGCUGGAGCUUGUGAUGGACUUCUUAUGGAGGAAGCAAGAGUGGAAGAUCCAAGUAGCAUUAUCUUUGAUGGAAUCUCGUUAUGCACUUUAGAAGAGAAUAAACUUCCAUAUCAUCUUGAAGAUAACUUUCAAAUCCGGAAUGCUGAUUCUUUGACUUACAGUGAACCCUUGCACUUCACUGGUGCUGAUGAGACGAUGCCUGUGCUUGAGAGUUUCAUUUUGCAAUCAGACGAUGAACAACCAUGCAUUGCCGAUGAGAGGAUCCGCUUUGACAAGUUGAGUCUUCCAAAGACUUCAAUUGAACAUGCUAGCAUUCUAGAGCAGCUUUGCAGGUCUGCAUGCUUGCAAACUCCAGUAUCCUGUUCUUCAGCUUCGUAUAAAUUGCCCAAAAUUUCAAAUCUAUACCAAUCUGUUCCAACUGGGCUUCUAGAGGGCAUGGAUAAGCCAAAGGAUGAUUAUGGUUGUUUGAGUGAGGUCUUUAAUUGUUCUUUUGAAGGAAGAUCAUAUUCAGAUUUUCUUCCCAAUUCAACUAGUCAGUGUGAUUGGGAGAUAAAUAAGCCUUGUUUGUCUCCAGUUAGAAAAGUCUGGGACAGAAUCAUAUCAAAGUCAGACAGCUCUGAGAAGCGAAGAAGCGUAAUUCCUGAGCUUCCAUCCAUUUGUGAAGAAAAUGAGAAUGUAGAUGAGGUAGCUGAUACUUCCCUAGAAGGCAAUGUUUCUAAGAUCCAGGCUAGUUCUGUAAAAAGAGCACCACUUGCUGAAGUUGUUGCAAACCUUGCUGCAUCUGAAGCUGAGCAAAAUAUUGAUAGAAGUAGUUUAGAUUCAGUUAGCACAGAAUUCAGCUUCAAUGGAACUCAUAAGAGGACCAAACAGAAUGUUGGAAAUGGAAAAGGCAUUAAGAGAAGAUACAACAAUAAGGAAAAUGAUAGCAUGUCUUCAUUAGGAGGAGCUGCUUCUAAGGGAAAAACUGGAUUACUUCAUAAUCGGUUUAGCAAGUCAAAAGUAUCAUCAACAAGAACUAGCUCAAGGAGAGGAGGUCCAAGUUUGACAGCGACAGAGCCUAAGCCUAGCAAUAUUGUGUCAAAUAUUACUUCAUUUAUUCCACUUGUUCAACAAAAACAAGCAGCUGCAGUUAUAACAGGAAAGAGAGAUGUCAAAGUAAAGGCCUUGGGGGCUGCUGAAGCUGCAAGGCGUCUUGCGGAGAAGAAAGAUAAUGAACGCAAGGCUAAGAAGGAAGCCAUGAAGCUUGAGCGAGCAAGACUUGAGCAAGAGAAUCUUAGGCAAUUGGAACUGCAGAAGAAACAGAAAGAAGUGGAGCGGAAGAAAAAAGAGGCUGAAAUGGCAGCGAAGAAAAGGCAAAGGGAAGAAGAAGAGAGGAAAGAAAAGGAUAGGAAACGGAUGCGUGUUGAGGAAACAAGAAAGCAACAGAGAGAAAAUGAGCAAAAGUUGCAUGCACAAAAGGAAGAGAAAGAUGCCAAAUACCGAGCCCUGGAUGUUAGAGGACAAGAGACCAAGGAAUCUAAAGAUGAAAAAAGGAAUCAUAAGAUGGAACAGCAAAAUGGAGAUGAGAAUCUCCAGAGACUUUCAGAAGCUGAGCAUGCGACUACACAAGCAUCAACGAGUGAUGACAGAGAACCAAGCAUUAUUCGUGAAGAUACUGGAAUCUCAAGUGAUCAUGUGAAAAAUCUCAAUGUAGGGAACAAUUUAGACAAACCAACAGGAGCUGACAACUUGGUUGCAACUGCAAGUGUAGAGCAGUCAUAUGAUAUUUCUCCAUACAAAUGUUCAGAUGAUGAAGAUGAAGAGGAUGACGUACCGAAUAACAAAUUUGUUCCUUCAUGGGCUCGUAAACCUAGCGUGGCUCUCUUUGUUGCUUCACAAGAUAGAGUAGACCCAGAGACCAUAUUCCCCCCAGAUAGCUUUUGCAGUAUAGCUGAAGUUCUUCUGCCACGAAAGUAUCAGAUUAAUGUAGGUGGGACUUGAAUCAGAUUGUAAUGAUCUCCAGUGUUUAUAUAUUCUUCAACCAACUAGGACUAGCAUGAGGGCUUUGGCAUUGAGACAGAUUCCCAAAGAAGAUUUUGUGAUGUGUUCUUGAGCAGCUCACUCGGUUCCCACAAUUUUUCACACCAAGAUUCUCUUUCCACAUCUCUAGGCUUUGAAACCAAUAUUAGUCCAGGCAAAAUCUCCCUUCCUUUUCCUAGAUCAAUACUGAUUGUUAAUUCUAGCUUUGAAUCUCUUCUCUACCUGUAUAUUUAGAUAUGAUAGGGAGCUAGUUUCUAACCCUUUUGUAUGCUUUUUGUUCCUCUAGAAUGACUUGUUCUUUCAGGCCAAAAACACUAUGAACUCUUGGUUCCAAUUAAUUCAUUCAAAUGUGUAAAGACACUUCUUCCCCAAUGUUAACUAUCUCGACAUAUUUCAAGGUACGAUAAAGAAAAUAUAUUGUAUCUUUCGACUUGGGAGAUAGGAAAUUAAAUUUGAAAUGUUCGAGAAGAAGUGUAAUAUCACUCGGCUACAAAGUCGUAUCUCUUUAGUUAAUAAAAUCCAAAAGGUUUAUCGA